AAAGGAUAACCAGGUAAUGCAUUCAGGAUGAAGAGUCUAGUGCUUCUGUUCGCUAUUCUGGCCGCGGUCAGCGCUGAGUGGAUCGACAUUGAUUGGUCCCAGGUGAAACCGAUCGAGGAGUUCGAUCACUACUGGGCUCGUCUACCCCGGGAGCUGCAAUUCCUUCGCAAGUUGACGCCAACCCGUAGAGUCACCAAUGGACAGCAGGCCACACCGGGUCAGUUCCCGUAUCAAAUCGCCCUGCUUAGUACUUUCUCCGGUGGUACCGGUUUGUGCGGAGGAACUGUUUUGACAACAACUUUCAUCCUGACCGCUGCUCAUUGUGUCCAGAAUGCUCAAGGAGGAACCGCUAUUAUGGGUGCUCAUAACCGAAAUACUGUUGAAGCAUCACAACAAAGAAUCGCUUUCUCAUCCGGAGGCAUCAGGAUCCAUGCUGGAUAUACUCCAACCAACAUUAGAAACGAUAUCGCCGUAGUACAGUUGAACAGUGCCAUGACUUUCACUGAUCGUGUCCAGCCGGCUCGUAUUCCCGCUGCAGGUGACGGUCGUAGUUUCGCUGGUUUGACCGGAACGGUUUCCGGAUUUGGACGUACCUCCGAUGCCAGCCAGGCCACUUCCCCUGUGGUUAUGUUCGCGAGCAACCCGAUCAUGACUCAUGCGGAUUGUUUGGCAAGUUGGGGCAACAACGCGAAUCUGAUUCAGGCGCAGAACAUUUGCAUGUCCGGUGCUGGUGGACGUUCGGCCUGCAACGGUGACUCUGGUGGUCCGCUGACCGUUCAAGAUGGUGGCACCCUGCAAGUCGGUAUCGUAUCGUUCGGAUCGGCCGCUGGCUGCUCCAUCGGAAUGCCAUCGGUGUACGUUCGCGUGACCGAAUUCCGCCAAUGGAUCGUGGACAAUUCGAACUUUUCGUAAGGUAGCUCGCUAUUAGUUGUAACAUGUUGAAAAUGCAAUAAAUUCGUUUCAAUUUUGUUAA